UUUAAUGGAAAUGUUUUCGGUGCGUAGACGUUGUUCGCUUAAUAUAGACAAACGACAAAAUCGCCCAUUUGUGGAAAUUACAGCAAAUGGGUCGAAUAUACCUUUGACGGGAGAGAAUUGGCUGGAACGUUGGUGUUCUUUACCCAUUUCGGAAGAGUAUUUCAAAAGACUGUAUGAAUUUGAGGUAAAAGAAGAUGAUCUUUAUGUAGUGACCUUUCCAAAAUGUGGCACUACUUGGAUACAAGAAGCCUGUUGGUUGUUGGUAAAUAAUUUGAACUUUGCCAAGGCCAAUGCAGAGGAUUUGCCUUUUCGUAGUGUUUUUAUGGACUUAAGUGCUUUGUACACUAAUAUACCCAAGAAUACUAUUGAUCUGGCGGAACAGGCAGCUUCACCUAGAGUUCUUAAAUCUCAUCUACCAGCCCAUUUAAUACCCAAACAAAUUUGGCAAAAGAAAUCCAAGAUUGUCUACUGUGCUCGCAAUCCUAAAGACAUGGUUGUUUCCUAUUUCCACUUUCAUCGUGGUCUUGGUACUUGGCAGGGUGAUAUUAAUGAAUUCGUUGAGGACUUGAUCAAUAAUGAUAUUAUGUAUUGCCCAUAUUGGGAGCAUAUAAUGGAUUUUUGGCGUAUGCGUCAAGAACAAAAUAUAUUUUUCACCACCUAUGAAGAUAUGAAAAGAGAUUUAAGAUCAGUUUUAAUACAACUUAACCGAUUUCUAGAGAGACCUGAACUAAGUGAAGAACAACUUCAGCAGCUGGAAAAACAUUUAUCAUUUGAGCAAAUGAAGGCCAAUAAACGUGUUAAUCCCACUUUUAAUAUAAAGUCUGGUCAUGGCAGUCCCAAUGUGCGGGCAGACUUUGAAUUCAUGCGCCGCGGUGUUGUGGGCUCUCACAAAGAUGAAUUAACUCCUGAAAUUCAAAAGAAAUUAGAUCACUGGAUAGCUGAGCAUUUAAAAAAAUUCAAUAUUAAAUUAGAAGAUAUAUUUGGAACUAUUUUGAACGAUGAAUAAAAUCAAUUGAAUACGAAA